UAUAGUUCCGUAUAAGAGUGCCAUGUUUUAUAGGUGUGACAGUAACGAGAAGAUAAGUGCGGUCAAAGUGUCGUCGGCACUGCAGCAUCCUCUCUGCGGCUGCUCAAAGUCCCGCAGACAGUGUCAUGGAGGGAGGGAAGUUGCCAGGCUGAGAAGUGGGUCUACGUCCCCACGAAAAGGGCCAUUUAGAAACAAUGGCGGAGGCUAAUCCACUCAGGGGACUGCCCCGGAUCCAGAGGGCUGCGGUGGGUGUCAAACUGACCUAGAUUUCUAGGAAAAAGUGGAUGAUACAAAACAGCCAGCCUGGUGUUUCAUGAUGAUGUCCUUCCCUGGUAAUCUACACUUAAUUCUGGUACUGAGACUGAAGACCCACCUCCAGACCACCGGAACAGACCUCGGUUUCCGCUUCAGUCAGGACGACUUUGCAUUUAAGAUGCCAAUGGUAAUGCUGAGCUCACUAACAGAUCUACUUCGCUUUAUUGAUGAAAAUCAACUGAGCACUGAGUUUGGUGGUACCCUGGAGCAAUGCCAUAGCGAUUGGAUAGUUCUGCGAACGGCCAUAGAGAGUUUUGCAGUUACAGUGAAGGAAAUAGCUCAGCUGCUUCAGACCUUCGGCACAGAGCUGUCUGAAAUGGAGCUGCCAGAUGAAGCCAGUGGAAUCGAGUAUCUCCUCAGAUCACACACUGAGAAAUACAGGAAGAUGAAGGACGACAUCAGGUCAGUUAUGAGAGAGGGACGUCAACUGCUCUCAAACCUUGAGGCCUCUAAGGCAGCGGAGGGUGCUGCAGCUGAAGACAGAGACAUCAGUCAAGACAAAGAAAGAGUGCAAAGGCUCUUGGCACAGCUAAGGGACAUGGAAAUGGCUUUCGAUGGCUUUUUUGAGAAGCACCACCUCAAGCUCCAACAAUACCUACAACUACUCCAAUACGAGCUGAGCUUCCACGAGAUGGAGGCCAUUCUGGAGAAACUCAGUACACAGGAGAAAGCCAUCGCAGCUGUGGGGACAACAGUAUCCCAGACGGAGCAGCUGCUCAAAGACCUGGAGAUGCUGGAGAUCACAGCAGAGGAAGAAAUGGGCCGUGCUCAGAUUAUUAUUCUGCAUGGGCAUCAGCUGGCAGCGAGUCAUCACUACGCUCUUGCCCUAAUAGUUCAACGCUGUAACGAACUGCGGCAUCACUGUGACAUGCUCACAACAGCUCUGCGUGCCAAACGGGCAGCUCUGACACGUACACGAGACCUUCUGGUGCGGCUGGAGGAGACUGUGCGUUGGUGUGAUGAAGGGGCUUAUCUGCUGGCUAACCAACUGCUGGAUAAGUUUCAGUCCAAAGAGGGGGCGCAGGCAGCCCUGCAGGACAUAGAGAGAUUGAUGGAGACGGCGCCCCCAAUCCUGCGGUCAAGUCCGGACAUUCUUAGUCUGGAGUUUGAGGCCAUACUCACACCUCAGCUGCAGUCUCAGAUAGAAGCUGUCACAGAGAAGUUAUCCACAGUGCAAGGAAUGAUCCAGAACAGACAGGCCUGUCUGAGGAAACUGGCUGAUAUUCAGGUCAGACCCAUCCAGCUGGUCGCUCCAAGGCCUGAGAACUCACCACGCUGCAAAUCUCCUCUUUUCUCUCCCAAACACAGCUUUGAUGUAAACUCCAGUUUGAGGUUUUCUUUUGAUCUUGCACUCCCUGGUAAAAGAGCCUCACGGAAAAGUACCAGCACUAAGAAGAUUGAAGUGAUGCACGACUAUGAGGAGAACCGCAGCUGCCUGUCUUAUGGCCCAGAGGGAGUUGAAAACCCAGACCAGCACAAACGCCAUAUAAUGAAGGAGCUGAUUGAGACGGAGAGAAUCUAUGUGGAGGAGCUGCUGUGUGUUUUGCUGGGUUACAGGGCGGAGAUGGAUAACCCAUCUCUCUCUACCAUACUGCCACCUGUAUUGCGAAACAAGAAAGAGGAGCUGUUUGGAAAUCUGCCGGAGAUCUAUAAAUUUCACAGCGGGAUAUUCCUGCAGGAUAUUGAGAGCUGCUUAGAGACCCCAGAGAGAGUAGGAGCACGCUUUCUGGCAAGGAAAGAAAAUUUUCAGGUCUACGAGCGCUACUGCCAGAACAAACCUCGCUCAGAUGCUCUCUGGAGGCAGUGUUCUGAUUCUGCCUUCAUUCAGGAGUGCAAGAGAAAGCUGGAUCACAAAUUAGGCUUGGACUCAUAUUUGCUGAAACCUAUUCAACGUCUAACAAAGUACCAGCUUCUUUUAAAGGAACUUCUAAAACACAGCUCAGACUCGCAGUAUGCAUCUGAGCUGCAGGGGGCACUAAAUGCCAUGCUGGACCUCCUCAAGUCUGUCAAUGAUUCCAUGCAUCAGAUUGCCAUUACUGGAUAUGAGGGUGAACUGAGUAACCUAGGACGUGUCCUGAUGCAGGGGUCUUUCAGUGUGUGGAUCAACCAUAGGAAAGGCCCUACACGUAUGAAGGACAUGGCUCGCUUUAAACCCAUGCAAAGGCAUUUGUUCCUCCACGAGAGAGCUCUGCUUUUCUGCAAGAAGCGAGAGGAGAGUGGAGAAGGACAUGAUCGGACAGCCUCUUACAGCUUCAAACACUGCCUCAUGAUGAGUGCUGUUGGUAUCACAGAAAACAUCAAAGGGGAUGUGAAGAAAUUUGAAAUCUGGUACAAUGGUAAGGAAGAGGUGUAUGUUGUUCAGGCUCCAACAGUAGAGGUGAAAGUCGCAUGGCUCACUGAGAUUAGAAAAAUCCUCAACAGUCAGCAGAAGAUUGUGAAAGGUGAUGCUCACACGUGUCCAGAUGGAGAGCAGUCUUUUUUUCCACCCUUGGUGGACAGUGUGAGACAUAUGUCCGUGUGCAUGCCCUGGAGUUCCACACAGAUCACUGGCUGCUCAGGUUGUUUUGAUGUCCUUCCUCACAGCAAGCUCCAGGGGGCGUCUAUUAGCUCAGAGGAGGCCGAUUCAGGCCAUGCAAAGCCUGUUCUGACACAUCCAGUCAUAGUGUCUCCACGUCCCCAGCACCACAACCGGCGCAGCUGGCCAGGCACAUCUCACUCAGUGGAGAUCUGUGAAGGUCUGGAGGACCGGACCACUGACAUCUCAAACAUCUCAGACUCUGAUGAAGACGACGAUGUGCUGCUGGUUCCUGGAAGGUACAGAGCAAUGGUGGACAACCUGAAGUGUGGCAAGGAUGAUGUUAUCAUCAAAUGUGGUGAUGUCAUUCACGUACUUCAGGAGAGUGCCACGGGACUUUGGAAUGUUAAGAAUUUGACACGUGGAGGUGAAGGAAAACUCCCUGUUGAUACACUGUUGAGAAUGCUUGGAGAUGCAGGCAGAAGUCCCUCCAUUAGGCCGGGAGGUGAGUUCAUGGUACGGGAAAUAUAAACAGCAGGAAGUCCAGCAACACCUAAGUUGAUCAACCACAUGUACAUAAAGCUUCCACCAUGAGACAACCCUAAAGGCCAUUACUGUCAUCCAGGAGUCCUGUCAUGCCACCUGAUGCAAACACAAGCAAACACAAAGUCAUUAAAACAGAGCUGCCAAGUUGAAUUUCCAUCUACCAUUGGAGGGGAUUGUGGAUUAUGUUGGAUUUAGAGACUAUAAAGUGCUUGUUUUAAAACUGAAGGGAUUCUUUUCUCUCUUUGAAUGAUUCUUUGCCUGCAACAGUACUGUCUGGAAAUAAAGGACCAUAGUGAAGCCCAGACUCAAGCACAAACUUUACAGUAACACAGAUCCUCUACAACCUUUGAAAGUACCAUCACCAAACUGUGCCAUAAAAUUUUUUAUUUUGUGUAGUUAGCUUUAUGGUGGUGUAAACUGACUGUGAGAAUGGAGAACUAUUUUUCUCUCUCCUCAGAUGGGUACCGUGGUUGGCACUUUUUUUUUUUUUUUUGCUGGACCACAUUCCAGCUCUGUGGUAGAUGAAAGAUGAAUACAGGUAUAAGCAUCAGUAAAUAAUCUAUGUGCCAAAACCUAACAUUCCAUUUUAAUGUUUUUCAGGAUGAUCCUAUAACUAGACACUUAUAUCCUAUAACUAUAACUUUUUUUUUAAAUUUUUUUUUUUACUUCAACAGCAGUAUUUCUCUGCAAGAAAUAUAAUUGCAGAGAAUAUGUGAUGUGAAAACUUUCAAAAUAAAUGAAUAGAACUUACCUGUUUCUCUGAACUCACAGUUGUCAGUCAUCCACGAUUUUAGUACUUCAAUUCAGUUCUUUGAUUAUUUGUAGCUCUGAAAGUGUCUAAAAAAUGCUGCGCUCCUGCACGAGACACUGUCAAAACAUAGAGACGUAGCGCAAUGUCCGUGCAGCGCAAGUUUACAUAGGAAAACUAUUGAAAAACAGCACAAAGACACAAAAUGUGUUCGGUGUGAACAGCCCCUAAGACAGCUGACAACCUCACGCAGGCCACUGAAAAUGCUGCUCACCUUCAGACGGUCAGUGUGAAGUGACUUAAUCACAUAUUGAGUCAGUUUAAAUAUUUCUAUGCUGGAGCAAGUUUAGUUAUCAAAGUGUUUCUAGGCAUCAAAUAAUCAGUGUUGUGGAGAGUGUUGAAGAUUGACCUGAAAUUGAUAAGGUUCGUAAGCAAUAACAAAUCUUUUUCAAUAUUUUGUUUGAAAAUCCAGCUUUUAGCACAUCUACUAAAUUUGGUUCAUGGUGCAUGCUGUAUGGCCCACUACAAGCUUUUCCAUUCCAUUAUUUUACUUCCUUCAAUAUUUUCCCUGCCACCUUCUCUGAAACAUGUACUCACACUGUGCACAUAACUUUGUUAACCACUCAAAAACCAUUGAGUUUGAUGUGGAUGAUGUCAAAAACUAAAUCACUAGUUAAAAACUUCAAUGAAUAAAUAUAUACGUAUGUUUGCAUGUCUAUCUCGUUUCCAUUUUGUCA